AUGUGUUCUAGCUAUUGGUUGGAUUUUUUUAGGAUUAAUUUCUGCGCUUUGAAACAGAUUUUAUCGCUUAAGGUUUUGGCCGGUAUAGGUCUUGACCAGAAGUUUGGUGAUUUUCCGAUCGCCGAAAUCGCUUUAGACACUCACGCACUACCGGCGAGUGUGGCGGCUCGUGGGCACUAUUUGAGUGUCCCUCGUGGUCCUAAAAUGAUCCUCAUGUCGUCCCGAGCACGACGAUCGGAUAUCGCAUAUUAG